AUAAAAAGUGCGCUGUGUUUGGAAAGGUUAACUUAGGCCGAGACCUAAAAUGGUUAUUGUCUAUGGAACGCGGUAACGAAGCUGGUUGAUGAUCCGCAAAAUUGUGAAGUCCAGACGUGUUAGCAGAGCAAGAGAAAGAAUAAUAUCUUUGGUCACUGAUUCAGUCACAGUUCAGGCAAUAGUGCUAGAAAAUAUGUCCACUUUUGUUGAAAUGCCGACUAAUGAUGUUCUGAACACACAUGACUAUUCUUUUGAUGAAGUUUUGGUAUUUUUCUUGAAUAUUGCGAGGAAAGGUUUCUGCCAUGAUGUUCCACUCAGGAAAUCGGGUGUAGGAAGUUCUGCUCGCGUCUUCAAACAUCCAUCUGAUGAGUCUAGUAAUGACCUGCAACAUGGUGAACUGUAUUCUGUAUUUGUUGGAGAUCUCUCAUUGCUCCAUAUUAUAAGUGCAUUUUUAUAUACACUGUCACCCGAUGGUAUUCUUGCUCUUGAUUCUGCUCUAAAGUUCGGCCAUGAGAGUUAUUUUAAUUUCAUGAAACCUGAGAACAACCUCUCCAAAUUAAGUCAUGUUCAGGGUAGCAUGUUGAAUCUACCUGAUUGUGUGUACAGUAGCUCAGAGGUUAUGGAAUCGUUAUGUCAAUGCAGCAAAUGCCAUUGUUUGAGCAAUUCAAGUCACUUUCAGUCAACUUCUAGGCAUGGAAUUGGAUUGAGUGGUUCAAAUUUCGGGGCAUCCUGGUCAAAGUGGCUGAGGCGAGAUAUCACACCAACAAAUGGGAUGGGACCCAAGCAUUCUGUUUAUUGGAUUGAUCUCCUCCUUGCUGUUUGCAAAGCGUGGAGAUGGGCGGAUCUAGGUCCAGGAGAUUGUCUAAAACGAGUUGGACCAUGUCACUCUACACAAAAUGAAACGAAAUCUAAGAUUUGUUUAAAUCCUUAUCACUGGAGUCGUGUAGUUAUGGGGAACAAAAUUGAUGGGAAAAUUCAAUCACUAGCGAAUUCUUCUGAUCCAGAUAUAGUUUGCUUGGGAUUCAACUCUAUUGGUCAUCGUAAUCAUGACUAUUGUAAAUCUUAUUCAUCUAAAGAGACUAAUCCGAACUCGGGUUAUCCUGAACAUAUGUCACUACUAUUGUCAUCAUCUUCAUCUUCAUCAUCAUCAGGAACAGAAACAGCAUCGUCGUUUACCGAAACACAAACCACAUCUGUUUGCAAAGAUCAGUCAUUUGAUUCAGGCAUAUCACAUGAUUCAGCAAAUAAGUCCACAAUACCUUUACUAGGUGAUAAAUAUGAAAAAAUGAAAAAGAAUUUCUGCUCAUCUCAUCUUCUCUGUAAACAGCAACAGAAAUUACAUAUGGAUUUAUCACAUUGGAGUCCAGAUUUAGGCAAACUAAAGAAUGUAUAUAGAAACACAGAUUGUUCUUUAUUUUCGAAGUACCCUUCUUUACGAUCAGCUGAUGAAGAGCUUUCAAUUUCUGCCACACCGUCAACAACUUCCACUAUGGAAACAUCACUAGAAAAUUCUGAGUUAGUAGAUUUCAAUUGCCCUACAGCUUCUAACAGUCCUUCUCCCUUGUCUAUCAGUGUUGCAAAUGACAGUAUUGAUGAGAAUUUUUGCCUACCUCAUACAAAAUCUAAUCGUAUGCCUGAUCAUCUCACUGUAGUCAGUAAUGCGAAAACUUUUCCUCCUCCUCCUCCUCAUCAUCAUAAACCAUGGGCGAAUAUCUCCUAUUGGGAGUCACAUCAUCAUGUUGGACGUCGUUGGUAUGAUAUAACAAAUCGUACGUUGAAUAUUGUAUAUAAUGAUGAGGAUGAUAAACCAUCUCUUUCUCCGAAACAUCGUGUACAUAAUGAAAAUCCCCUGAGCUAUGACAAUCAAUCACAAAAUGAUUGUAUAUAUUUAUCUCUUCUAGCCUUAUACCAGUCAUCCGAUCAUAUAAAAUAUAAUUGUAAAUUACAUUUGAAUAAAAAAAGGAAUAGAGUUAUCUCUACUACUCCUACUACUAAUAUUAAUAGUAGUAGUAUUUCUGGUCAUGUUAAUGAUAUCAGCAUGUUAUCUUCAAAACAAUGCCAGGAAUGUCGUCAUCAUCAUCGUCAUCAGUAUAUAAAUUUACUCAAGAGUAUAUCUAAUUUUCCAGGUACCACAAUUCAUUCAUCAUUUUAUCAGCAAUCUUCAGGUUGGAAACAAUGUUAUCGUCUUGGCAAUCAGGGUAUAUCACUUACACUGACUACAUAUGGUUGUAUUUGGUUAAAUAAUCAAGCAUUAGCCACAAAUCUACCUAUAUUUGUAUCUUCUCCAUGUUUACAAUUUAAUGAUUUCACAGCCUCUACACCAGUUAAUACUCCUGAUGAAUUUUGUAUUGAUCGACCGGUAUAUCGUGUACCAGCUGGUUAUUCACUUUUAGUUUUUGAUCUUCUCUCAUAUGAAAGUUUAUUUUUACAGAAUUCUUCUGUCUCUACCUCUUCCUCAUCCUCUUCAACCUCAUCAUCAUCGUAUUCCCCAUCUUGUCGACCAUUCUCCAAUAAUUGUACUGCUGAACUUAGGAGUGGUAAUGUUUCUUUCGAUGAAUUACAUAAUAACAACAAUGGUCUACUGCAUAGGAAUCCAGUUAUACAUAUUAGUCUUGGUAAAGGUUGGGGUCCAUCGUAUCGUCGACCAGAUGUUACCCAUUGCCCAGCAAGAUUAGAAGUAUGGAUAAAUUUGGAACAUUUGCUUCUUUAUUCACUGCAAACAGGUCAAAAAAUGUAAGGCUUUUUACUUCGUAUAGCUUUUCGCCUCACCACUAAAUUCUCGUCCCAUUAGUUAUUACUGUCGGUAAUAGUAAGUAGUGUGUAAUUAUUGUGUGAACUAUUUACUUGACUUGCUGUGAUAUACCUUACUUUUUUAUUUUUUUAUUUACUAUUAUCAUUUCCUUGUAACCAAACAAACUGUACAGUAGUAAUGAUAGUUAUUCAUAUCUUUUGCAUACCUUCUUUUAUAGUUAUGAAACUACUCACAUAUUCAUCCCAUGUACAUAAUUUUGCAUUUGAUUUAGUGAUCAAGUUUAUUCAGUUGUACAAUUUUGCUUUACACAAGUGAAGUAAAUUAAUGCAAUUUUUGUCAGCCCAGUUGGUUGACUUUUGGUGCUAUCUGUAUUGAACGUUUAGUUGGGUUGAUAUUUAUAGCCUAAUUGUAUGCUUAUAGGAAAUAUAUUUCGAGGAUUUUC